UAAUCGUGUGUUUGUGUGUGCGUGUGCAUACAUGAUCGCGUGUUUUGUGCACUAAUGACGUGUGUUUGCGUGUGUGGGGGUAAUGUUUUUUUUUAUAGAGGUAUUAUAAAAACGAUUUGUAUAACCGUGGACGCGAGAUCUAAGGUUUGGCGGAGAGAUAAGGGACUUUUAAAAAAAAUUUCAAAACAAGUUUUCCAGACAUAUUGGAAAGUCAUGGAUAACAACGACCAAUCUAACAAUAAAGCUGAGAUUGUGAAAGAAAUCGAGUCUUUCAAAAAGGCAGCAGAUACCACCAAUGUCGGAAAAGAUGAGAAGUCAGAGAGACACGGGGAACUGAACACUGCUUUAGAAGAGCUUCAGAAGCAGGCUGAGAAUUUAAUGCUCUCAGAUUCUUGGAGCGCCACUUCACCUGGGCGCCCUUUAAGCAUGGCGAGGGAGCGCUCUUUGCUGGGAGACUCGGAGAGGAUUCUGAAGAAGUAUAAUAAAAACGAGGAUGAGCUAAUGAAAGAGUUCACCAAGAGAAGAUCCUUGGACGACGCUGACAAGAAUGACCUGACCCCGCUGAUCUGCUGUGCUCUGCAAGGAAAGAUAAAACUGGUCACGAAGCUGCUGGACAUGGGCGCAGACAUGAACGCACCCAACGGGGCAGGGACGACUGCUCUGAUCGCAGCCACAGCGUCAGAGAACGUGGACAUUGUUAAUCUGCUUCUGCAGAACAAUGCCAAGGUCAACUCUGUGGACGCUAGAGGCAACAGUGCUCUUAUGAUCGCCAUACUGACAGGAAAUGAUGACCUGGUCACGGCACUGCUGGACCACGGGGCUGAUGUCCACGUAAGAAACGUGAGUGGCCAGACAACACUGAUGCUGGCUGCGUACAAAGGCUCUCCUAACCAUGUCAGCACGCUCAUCCAAAAAGGUGCGGAAGUCAAUGUGAGAGACAACAAAGGCUGGACGCCACUGAUGUUCUGUGCCCAGUACAACGAGCAUGACACUGUGGCCGUUCUCCUGAAUAACAAUGCAAACGUCAAUGAAGUGGACAUAACCGGGGCUACUGCCUUGCACAUCAGCGCCGGAAAUGGUAACACUGAAACGGUAAAACUCCUUCUGCAAGCAGGCGUAUCAGUAAACAAACAAGAUAAAAGGGGGAGCACCGCGCUCAUGCAAGCCAGUUUCGCCGGCUGUCUCCCUUGUGUUGAAGAGCUGCUUCGAGCACAAGCGCAAGUGAAUUUAUGUGACGGAAGCGGUUCGACUGCUUUGCACUUAGCAGGCGCAAGCGGAAAUAAAGAUGUUCUGGAUGCUCUAAUCAAAGCCAAAUCUGAUCUGAAUUUUUUAGACGACGAGGGCAACUCAGCACUUAUAUGUGCCUGCAUGAAUGGCCAGGCGGAGGUCAUAAAGACACUGUUAGAAGCUGGUGCCGAUGAUCUGCUUAUCAACUACAGGCGUGACACCGUGCUCUCGAUAGCUGUUAGUCUGAACAGGCCAGACAUUGUGAAAACUGUGCUUGGCCACCGUGGAAGGAAAGAACAUUAUCCACUUAUUAAUUUUAAAGGCGACAGAGGGAUAACGCUGUUGGAAGAAGCCGCUAGAUGCGGAAAUGUUGAUGUGGUCAACAUGCUUCUGGAGGCAGGAGCACAGGUCAAUCUGAACAACAGGGUGGUUGGAAACACUCCCCUGAUGGACAGCGUCACGUGCGGAAAGCUUGGCGUAGUCCAGACACUUAUUAAAGCAGGAGCUAGUGUCAAUGUUUCUGACAUUAGCGGAAACACGCCGCUGAUGAAGUCAGCUUUCCGAGGGAACGAGUUGAUAACCAGCGCCCUGCUGAAUGCUGGCGCGUUGCCGAACGAGUCCAACGACAGGGGGAGAACAGCCGUGAUGUUUGCCGCGUAUGCCGGAUGUGAAAACAUUAUCUCUCUGCUUUACACACAUGGAGCAUCAUUGGAAAUGUCCGAGAUUGAAGGCUGGACGGCCAUGAUGAUUGCAGCCCAAAACGGCCAUCUUGAAGUAGUCACUUUACUUUUAGAGAAAGAAGUGGAUGUCGACAAAGCGAUGAAUUUUAGCCGGACGCCCCUUUCGUUUGCCGCAGAAAAUGGCCAUGCAAAUAUUGUAGAGCAGCUUCUGAAAUACGGGGGCAACAUUAAUAAAUCGGAUAUCGAAGGGGAUACACCACUAAUUCUCAGUGCCCUUCGAGGUCAUACACGAACAGUGAAGCUACUUGUGAAAAACAGCGCCGAGCUUGAAAAAGUUAACAAAGACGGACAAUCUGCUCUGUACGUCAGCUCGCAUGAAAAUCACAAGAAAAUUGUUGAACUUUUAAUCAACGCAGGGGCCGAUGUGAACAGGGGCGAUAGAAAAGGUUGCACGCCCCUCAUGGUGGCCACAAUCAACAGCAAUGUUGAAAUUGUGGAGAGUCUCAUCGAGGCGGGUGCCGACCUGAAUGCCGUGGACCGCAAAGGUCGCACAGCACUGAUGAUGGCCGCCAAUAAGAACCUGGCCAGUCUAGUCCAAACUCUAGUCGAUCGCGGCGCUGACGUGGGUGCCAAAUGUGCAGAUGGCUGGACGGCUUUGAUGUACAGCAGCCAGCAUGGCUUCACGGAGUCGAUGAAGAUCUUGUUGGACAGCAAAGCGAAUCCAAACGACAUGGAUAACGAAGGGAAUUCCCCCAUCAGCAUAUGUGCUGCUAACGGAUUCCUUGAAGCUUUGCGUUUACUGAAUGUGCACGGAGCAACCUGCGAAACACAGAAUAAGUCUGGUAGAAGUCCUUUGAUACUUAGCACAUACAAUGGUUUUACCGAGAUCGUUCAGUAUCUAUUACACAAAGGAGAUGCUCAGAAAACAAUAGAGCUAGUCGACAAAGAACGUGGCGACACCGCUUUAAUUAUCGCCGCGAGAAAGGGUCACGCAGAAAUCACAAGAACACUGCUGCAAAGCAACGCAAACGUCAAUACUGUCAACAAAAAACUUCGUUCUCCUCUUAGUAUCAGCGCCAAAUACGGCAGAGUGGAGAUAGCGCAGGUGCUUUUAGAACGCGGAGCAGACGUAAACAUGGCCGACAUAAACGGAAAUACACCAUUGCUCCUCAGCGCCCCUAGCGGCUAUGCUGCGGUUCUUGAGCUUCUGCUGCAAGGCGGCGCUGAUAUCAACCAAGAGAACACUAAAGGCGAAACAGCUUUGCUUUUGUCGGUCAAACAUGGCUGUCGUUUGGCUGUUCAGAUUCUUAUCGAAAAAGGCGCGAAUAUUGACAUCUGUGACAAAUCAGGUCGAACUUGCAUGUCACUGGCCAAACUGAAUGGUCACGACGAAUUAGUUGAAAUUUUACAGUCUGCUUCUGGUAAGGUUGUGGAGUCCAGUGAGCCCAACUCAAAGACAAGACCAGCUCAAAGCAGACCAAUGACUGCAGGUCGUGUCAGGUCCGCUGCUGGAGCCAAAACUAACAUGAGAUCUUUCAGUCGAGCCUUGAGUAUCAGUUCAGCCUCUUCAGAGAACGACUCAGUUCUAGCCAUCAGGAACCCAAUCUUCAUUACAGCUUUGCCUAUCGAAAAAUUGGAAGGCUCUGUAACCUUUGACAUGGGCCCCGAGAAUUUGGAGUCUGAUCUUUAUCUCGACGCCACCAGACGUAGCAACGGCCAUCUGGAAGGUUCUGUAGACGAGGCGGAUGAGGAGAAUUACGACGACGACGACGAUGAUGAUGAGCUGAUUGUUGACCGCGAUGAGGGUGACAGUGAAUCAGAUUAGUUCGCUGACAGUGAAUCAGAUUAGUUCGCUGACAGUGAAUCAGAUUAGUUCGCUGCUGAAGUAGCAGAGUUCCACUUGGAAUCCAUGUCAGGACACAAAAUACUUACAAAAAGAUUAUUUUCACGUCCUAUGUGUGCUUGGAGAAAUGAUCUCAGAACUUUUGUUUUAAAAACAUAUUUCUAACGAAAUCAAUCCUUAUUCUGAAACUAGUUACUCCUUACAGCUUAUAUAUCUUAUAGGCGCAUCUUUGUAGUGGGAUCUACAAAAUACACUGAAUUUUUUGUGUGCAUUAUUAGAAUUGUCAAUUCAAGCCUAUGAAAUGCAAAAAUUACAUUCACAAGUAUAUGAAACUCACGUGUACACACAUGGGCUGGAUUUGAUUGUGUAGUGAAUACUUUAAUUUAUUGACAUUGAAGGUCACUCGAUGUCAUUUAAUAAAUAUUGAUAGAUGUCAUUUGCUUGAAGUAAUAGCCCCCCCCUCCUAUAUCUGGUUCUAAUUGUUGUUUAUUGCUUCAAAAGUGUGACUGUCUAAUGAUUGAUAUUUAUUUUUCUAAUGUGUGUAUUUAGAAAGAAUGAUGCUUAGGAACAUGUCUGUGAGAGAAAUCUUUAUCUGUGUCUAUAGACUUUUUUAAAACCUUGAUGCCUAAAAGAAUAUUUUGUUUGUUAUAAAAAAAAUAUUUUGCAUAUUAAGAAAAAAAUACGAUGAUUAUCACAACAACAUUCGUGGUUAUAAGGAGGGGUAACUCCACAACUAUAAAGCAUGGGCAAAGUAAAAUAAAAAAUUAAAAUCUUAGUUUUCAGCACAAUGCAUCGUGUUUAAAUAAAUGGUUUCGUCACAAAAUUUUACUGGCCACUUCUGCUUUACCAUCUCUGUAAUUAUUUUCUUGUGCUUUAAAUAACAAAAACAAAUUCUAAUGCUGUUUUUAAAUGCAUAAAAUAAAUGUUUAUAGAUGACAUUU